AAUCCUUUGCACCGCUUAUUUCUGGUUUCUCCCUUCUCACUCUAGCAUUGUUCUCCUGCUAUAUAACGCAGCUCUCUGUCUCUCUCUCACGUCUCCGGCCACUCUGUGUUGCCGUCGUCGUCGGCUUGCCCAACCCCUCGUCUCCCAAUCUCCCUCAUCACGUGUCGCCGCCUUCGCUCAGCCCCCUGUGGCCCCGAUUCGUCCCCCCUUCUCAAUCCUUGGCGCCUGCGUCUGCAACAGCGUUUAUUCCUCUUCACUUCAUCAUCUCGGUCGAUUUGCUGCCAACGCCAUCGAACCAACACAAGUUUUCUACAACAAAAAAAGAGAAGAUUUUUCGAAAAUAUAGGACAUAAGAAUUACAAAUCUAAAAUUGCACAAUGGAAAGAUGAAAAAUUAGCAGAUAAUGAUAAUCUAUUUAUAGAUGGUAAAUAGGGCUUAGUAGAUUCAAAUUCAAAUUUGGGCUCCACAAAUUGGAGCCAAAAGUGCAUGGAAUCAGAUUACCCAGCAGAUAAAGAUGAUCCAACAUUGCUUUAAUAUUAGUAUAGAUUUCACAAAUUCUCGAUUUCUUUCUAAUUGGCUCUCGAGAGAUUGUUUUGGUUCAGCAGAAAGAGAAGAAGAAGAAAAACAAUCCAUAACUUAGGGUUCAAUUUGGGGGAAUGGCAUCCGAGAAGAAGGCGUCGGAGGGCAUAGCGUUGCUCUCGAUGUACGGCGACGAAGAUGACGAGAUGGAAGAACUCGAUGAGGAAGUAGAAAACAUUCAUGAAGAUGGAAUUCCCCCGCCGGCGUCGGAUGCCGUCGCCGUGAACGAGAAUGAUGGUAUUAGCGAUUACGGCAAUGAGCAAAUGCAGCGGCAACAGGAAGAGAGAGGUCAAUUCAACGACUAUACUCCUCCAGCAUCCGCGACUCCGCAGCAAAAUCUCUUCUCGCCCCAAGAGCGGAUGCAAGCACAACAUUUUAGUUCGGAUUUGAAUAAUGUUCAGAGCCAAAAGAGUCGACUGACUAUUGUGGAUUAUGGCCAUGAAGAGGGCGCGAUGUCUCCGGAAGCAGAGGAAGGUGAAAUCAUGGCAACUGGUCGAGUAACGUAUGGAGAGCAACUUCAAAGUAGUGAUGUCACUGCUUGUGCUUUAGGUGAAUCGCGAGAAAAGAUAUCACCAGGUAUGGCUCGGCUUCCAACACCUAGCACUCAAGGUGCAACCCCCCAAUCAUUGGAGCCAGCUGAUCAGCCCGAAUCAGAUGCCAUGAAUUAUGCUACAAAUGAAUCAGAAGCUGCAGGGACUGAGGAUGCUGUUAUGGGUUCUGUCGAGGAUCAAAAGGAUGUCGAUCCAUUGGACGACUUUUUGCCCCCACCUCCCAAGGCCAAAUGCUCAGAAGAACUACAAGAGAAGAUUAGUAGGUUUCUUGCUCUAAAGAAGACUACUGGUAGAAGCUUUAAUGCAGAGGUGCGGAAUAGAAAGGAAUAUCGAAAUCCUGAUUUCCUGCUGCAUGCUGUGACUUACCAAGAUAUUGAUCAGAUAGGAUCCUGCUUCCGUAAAGAUGUAUUUGACCCUCAUGGAUACGACAAAAGCGACUUUUAUGAUGAAAUAGAAGUUGACAUGAGACGGGAAAUGGAAAGGAAAGAGCAAGAAAGGAAAAAAAGUCAGAAGUUAGAGUUUACUCCUGGAGGAGUACAACCGGGAAAUGUUCUUCCUACAUCAAAAAUCAACAUACCAACUCCAGGAAAUGUACCACCAGCUACUUCAGACGGCGGCAUGGCUCGGGAUGGUAGACAGAACAAAAAGUCAAAAUGGGAUAAGGUGGAUGUUGACCAAAAGAGUUCUUUGACCGCUCAAGAAAAUCUUUCUGCUGUUGGUGCUCAUGCAGCACUCCUAUCUGCCGCUAAAGCUGGUAGUGGAUACUCAGCAUUUGCGCAACAAAGAAGGAAGGAAGCAGAAGAUAGACGAUCUAGUGAUAGAAAAUCGGACAGAAGAUAGUGAAGUUGUCCUUUUUGAUGAUAAGGCCUGGACUUCCAUAUUAACCAUAAGGAUCGGCUAGUCACGAAGAUUUCAAGACCGCAUCCUAUCUUCAGAACAUACGUUAUACGCAUGGUCAUCGGCAAGUUUUAGAUAACAUCACUAAUGGAUCGUAUAUACUUGAAAGUUGUACACUCAGGAUAAUCGACAUAUAGUGAAAUGCUUGAUCAUGUGUUGUCUCUAUUCGGAACAAUUUUUGGGGCGGGAUAGUUCAGUGAGUGUCAGGUAACGUUUUGCUAUUUAGUUUUUCAACGGUUGUUGAUUUUGUGAAAUUUAUUGCCUUGGUUUAUAUAAUCUUUCGUGUGUUUUGUGUCA